UGUGAUAGAUUUUGAACACUUCUGUUUGUAUGUUGUUCUUUUGACGCGUCCAACACAGUUGCCUUCCUUCAAAUGUAAGCUAAAAUCCUAAUUAAAAAGCACACCACUUUUUACAUGCAAAACUACAGCUUUAUCUUCUUUUCUUGGAUCUUUUGAAAUAUAUUUCUCAUGUCUCCCUUGUUGUUUUCAACUGCAAUAACCUUCCUUUUGUUCUUCCCUUGGGUUUCAUCUGUUGAAUUCGUUUACAAUACCAACUUCAACUCCACCAAUCUCUUGACUUUUGGUGAUGCUACCAUUGAUUCUUCCAUCCUCUCCAUCACAAACGGGACUUUCUCUAUUGGUCGUGCUUUGUACCCUUCGAAGAUCCCAGUGAAGUCAUCAUCAAAUUCAUCAAAGUUACUUCCUUUCUAUACUUCUUUCGUUUUCUCCAUUGCCCCUCUCAAGGGUUUUCUCCCAGGUCAUGGAUUUGCUUUUGCCUUCUUGCCUACUGCUGGUAUAGCUGGUGCCAGUUCGUCUCAGAAUCUGGGUCUUUUCAACUUUUCCAACAAUGGUAAUCCCAAUAGCAGUGUCUUUGGUGUCGAGUUUGAUGUGUUUGCAAACCAAGAAUUUGAUGAUAUCAACGAUAAUCAUGUGGGUGUUGAUGUGAACUCCUUGAAAUCUGUUGCUUCAAGUCCUACAGGGUUUUGGGGAGGGAGUGAAGGUGAUAAGUUGAAGGAAUUGAAGCUUAAUAAUGGUGUGAAUUAUCAAGUCUGGGUUGAUUAUGAAGAUUCUAUUUUAAAUGUUACUAUGGCGAAAGUGGGGGAUAAAAGGCCUAUAAGGCCUUUGAUAAGUGUAUUUGUGAACCUUUCUACUGUUUUUCUUGAUGAAAUGCAUGUAGGAUUUGCUGGAGCAACAGGCCAGUUGGUUGAGAGUCAUAGGAUUCUGGCUUGGAGCUUUAGUAAUUCGAAUCCCUCAAUCGGUAAUGCUUUGGUCACUACUAAUUUGCCUUCAUUUGUGCCACCAAAGGAUCCUGUGUUUGAAUCAACAGGGUUCAUAGUUGGAGUUACCAUUGGGGCUGUCUUGCUUGUUAGCUUUUGCAUUGCAAUGUACUUUCUUUUGGUUAGAUUUAGAAGGAAAAGAAACUGUAAGAAAGAUGAUAUUGAAACUUGGGAAUUGGAGUAUUGGCCUCACAGGAUUGGUUAUCAAGAGAUCUAUGCAGCAACAAAGGCAUUUUCAGAUGAAAAUGUGAUUGGUUCUGGAGGUAAUGGGAAUGUCUAUAAAGGGGUAUUGAAAGAAGGACAAGAAGUUGCAGUGAAGAAAAUUUCCCAUGAAAGUGAGCAUGGGAUUACAGAGUUUUUGGCUGAGGUUUCAAGUCUAGGGAGAUUGAAGCAUAGAAAUUUGGUGGGAUUGAGAGGUUGGUCUAGGAACGAUAAAGGGAGCUUGAUUUUGGUCUACGAUUACAUGGAGAAUGGGAGCGUCGAUAAGAGAAUUUUCGACUGUCAUGAGGACUCAAUGUUGAGUUGGGAUAAGAGGGUUAAAGUCUUGAAAGAUGUAGCUUCUGCAAUCUGGUAUUUGCAUGAGGGUUGGGAAGCUAAGGUCUUGCAUAGGGACAUUAAAGCAAGCAAUGUCUUACUCGACAAGUAUAUGAAUGCCAGGUUAAGCGAUUUCGGAUUAGCACGUACACAUCAUCAGAGUGAACUGGCUAGCACUACUCGAGUGGUUGGAACCAUAGGAUACAUGGCACCAGAAUUGAUUAAAACUGGACGUGCUUCCACUCAAACAGAUGUGUUCUGUUUUGGAGUGUUGGUGUUGGAGAUAGUAUGUGGACGGAGGCCAAUUGAAGAAGGGAAGCCGAGUUUAAUUGAUUGGACAUGGAGGUUAAUGGAGAGACAAGAACUGGUUUCAGCUCUAGAUGAUAGGCUAAAAGGAAAGGGUGGUCACAGCAAUGAGGAAGUAGAGAGGCUAAUGCAACUAGGAUUGUUGUGUGCUCAUCCAGAAGCUCAUGUUAGGCCAACGAUGAGGCAAGUAAUGAAGCUGUUAGAGGUAAGACAUGAGGGUGCUGCUGAAUCUGAAGGAGAAGGCAUGGAAUUAAAUCUACUACACAGAUUGAGAAGUACAACAACAAUGUGGGGGAGUUUCAGUGGUAGGGAACAUCCUACAUUCAAUGAAAUUAAGAGGAACAUGUCUUCUUCCAUGUCCAUGAGCAACUCGGACGUCAUCCUAGACGGGCGAUAACAGCUUUAAGCGGUGGUGAUCAUUUCGAUUUUGAUAACAUUGCUUUGCAUACUUGCGUCGCGUUUGUGAUUAGUGAAGUGUGUUCUUUUCCAUUGAUAUUAUGGGAAGCGGUGCAUAAUUUAGGAAGGGAAACAACAGAUAUAUAGAUAAAAGUUGCUUCACAAUCUCAACCAAGUUGUACAAAGCUUGCAAUGAUUCAACAUUGAAAUUACAACAUAUGAUUUUGUUAGCA